AUGAUCGCCGCAGCGGUCCCAGACCUUCCAGCUGGGGAGUCACCAGAUCUAAUCCUGGUCCCGGCAACACCAGCAGAGCGCAUAGCCUCAAUCAAGCUAAACAGCGUAGCCUGGAAGGGCCCAUUAGAUGUUGAGACGUACAUCAAGCGCGAGGACCAUCUCAUGCAACAGCGACUGACCCGCGACGGACUGACAUGCUGGAUCCUGGUGGACCGCAAUGAGCCCGAGGGCCAACGCACAAUCCUCAGCUCGUGCGAGUCUUAUCGCAAGAAGGCGUUGAUGGCGCAUGAUGGCCAGGUGGAGGAUGUUGCUACCCACGGCGUGGGGAGUGUCUACUGCCGGCCCGAGUUCCGCGGGAAGGGGUAUGCUAAGCGGAUGUUUGAGGAGUUGAGGCUUAAGCUUGAUACGUGGGAGAUGGAGAAGGAGAGUCGACGGAAGUCGCUGUUUACUGUGUUGUUCUCCGAUAUUGGGAAGAAGUUUUAUGCUCAGUUUGGGUGGAGGCCUUUCUUGUCCUCGCAUAUGUCUUUACCGGCUAUGGAUGGCUCUGUGGAUGGAGGGGAUGUUACGAGGGAUCUCUUUGCUAAGGAUGUUCAGCAAACAGUCUGUAGUGAGGGUGUUCUCGCUAAGCUGCGUGAUCAGAUGCUUGCUGCGUCGCAGGAGUCAUCCAAGGCUAAGAUUGCUAUCUUGCCUGACUUUGACCAUUUUGUGUGGCAUUGGGCUAGGGAGGAGUUCUUUGCUGAACAGCUACUUCCCGAACGGUCCCCGCCGGUUGUCAAGGGUGCUGGUGACGACCAGGCUUGCGUGUAUUGCGCUUGGAACCGCAACUUUGGAGGAAUGCCCGAGGAUAACGUUCUCUACAUUCUUCGGUGGGUAUACGAUGACCCCACAUCGCCGGCAGAAGAGCAGGCCAUCGUUAAAGCUAUGGCUUCCAUUCUUCGACGAGCUCAGCGCGAAGCACACGAGUGGAAUAUGAGCAAGGUGGAAUUCUGGAACCCGACUCCCCUCUUGCAGAAGGCUGUGGCCUUGGUCGACCCGAAGGCUGAGCUUGUACACCGCGAGAAGGACAGCAUCGCUAGCUUGCGCUGGACCGGUUCGGAGGAUGGGUUGGGUAAGGAUGUGGAGUGGUGGUUGAAUGAGAAGUACGCCUGGUGUUGA